GGAAGUAUGCCAACUUGAUACAAACGGAAGUAUGCUGAUUUGACUCACUAACUUAUAUAAGGCCACCAACCAUUGUUUCCGAAAACAUUCUUUUCUGUGCAACUCGCGAAAGAAGAUGACUUGCAAACGCAGAAAUAGUGGGCGUGCCAAGCAUGGCCGUGGCCAUGUAAAUCCUGUCAGAUGUACUAAUUGUGCACGUUGUGUACCAAAGGACAAGGCAAUUAAGAAGUUUGUUAUCCGUAACAUCGUAGAAGCAGCUGCUGUCAGAGAUAUCACAGAAGCGAGCUUUUACUCUGCGUAUCAACUUCCAAAGUUGUAUGCUAAAUUGCACUACUGUGUUUCUUGUGCUAUUCACUCAAAAGUAGUUCGUAACCGAUCCAAAACAAAUCGUCGUAUUAGGACACCUCCAGUUCGUAAUUUCCCCAGGGAUCUGCGUCAAGGUCAGCAAAACAGGAAAUAAAUUACUAUGUAAAUUUUAAAUAAAAUAGAACUUAAAAUCGA